AUGGCGCCAAGCAAGAAAGGAACGCAGAUGAUCGUGAUCAUCACGGUCUUGGUAGCUCUAAGUCUGAUAUCGGUCAUACUGCGAAUCCUUGCUCGCAUGCGGAGGAGAGUUGGGUUCGGCGUCGAUGAUUAUCUGAACUUAGCAUCCAUUGUGCUGAUGAUAGCCAUGUUGGUCGAGUUGAUACUUUGGUGUACAAUCGGAGGCAACGGAGCACACAUAGCCGAUCUCUCUGACAAUACCCUUGUGAACUACUGGAAGAUCUUCCUCGCCAACCAAUUUACCUAUUUCGUGCUCUGCCCCUGCAUCAAGAUCUCCAUCAUCUGCUUCUACCGCCGCAUCUUCGCCACCCCUCGAUUCCAAACCUUCAGCUUCGCCCUAAACUGCCUAAUCGGCGCCUGGGGCUUAGGCAUCUUUCUCGCCUGCGCCGGCCAAUGCCAACCCCUCCGCGCCUACUGGGACCACAGCAUCGAAGGAAGCUGCUUCGACGCGCAAAAGUUCAUCAUCGUCAACCAAGCCUUCAACGUCCUAAUGGACUUCGUCAUCCUCGUCCUCCCCAUCCCAAUGAUAUGGAACCUGCACCGCGCCUGGCAGGACAAGCUCGCGCUGAACGGUGUUUUCGCGCUCGGCGGCUUCGUUUGCUUCGCCAGCAUCUACCGCAUCAUCGUGCUCUUCUGGAUCAGUCCCACGGACCCUACUUACACGGUCUACCAGGCGACUUUGUGGACGCACAUUGAGCCCGCUGUGGGCUUGAUCUGCUCUAAUUUGCCGAUCAUUCGGGGCUUGUUCCCCGCGCUCAAGUUGAAGUCUUCUCGCAAUGGCACGGGGCCGACUUAUAUCAAUACUGAUUAUACGAACUCGAUGUUCUUGUCGAAGUCGAGUCCGCGUUCCCCGGAUUUGGAGUUUGUCAAGAUGUACAAUGCCCAGAUUGAGAGUAAAUCCCCUGGAUUCCUUGGUGAUGAUCUUCUCAGUCCGCAGAACAUUAAUGUUCAAACGGAUAUCUCGAUUCUGCCGAAUGACUCGACGACUCAGCUGACUCGCUGA